AUGGCGACAGCUCAUCCAUGCGUUAUCGGGCAGAGAAUCUCUGUCCCUCAAUUUCACAUCCUCUUUGCUCGGAAAUCUCCGAAUCCGGAGCUCGCGGCGACCAGUAAACGCGCGAAUUUCUGCGUAUCUGUCAGCCAAUCACAUUCCUUCGCUUCUCCUAUAACAACCCGGAACCUCAAAAAGCCAUCUCUGAUCUGUCUGCGCAACUGCGCCGCUGUCGAUGGCCCUGAGACCAGUUCGUGUGAGGAGAAGUGGGAUUGGAAUCGUUGGAAUCGCCACUUCUCCGAGAUUGAAGAAAUCGAAAGCGCAGUUUCUCUUCUCAAGUUUCAACUUGAAGAGGCCAUUGAAAGUGAAGACUUUGAAGAAGCAGCGAAGUUGAAGAAAGCUAUUAGAGAAGCCACUGUGAAUGAUCAUGUGGCUGAGAUCAUGUGCCAGUUACAGACUGCAAUACGCGAAGAGCGUUACCAUGAUGCUUCUAGAAUAUGUAGCCAGAGAGGAAGUGGAUUGGUGGGCUGGUGGGUUGGUUAUCCUCAAGAUUCUGAUGAACCAUUUGGUAGAAUUUUACGCAUUGAGCCAGGUGUUGGUAGGUUUAUCGGCAAGAGUUACAGUCCAAGACAGCUGGUGACUGCAGCAGCUGGAACACCUCUGUUUGAGAUUUUCAUUGUUAAAGACAAUGGCGGAGGAUAUGUUAUGCAGGUGGUGUAUUUGGAACAUGUCAAGCAAAAACCAUCCGAUUCCGAGAAGUCUGAUUUAAGAGCACAGCAACCAUCCAAUACCUCAAUUGAGAACCCAUCCAUUCAAGAUGUACGAGGAAGUGAAGUGCAGGUGGAUAAAAAAGAAGAUAGGGUACAACUACUAAAUCCUCAGGAACCAACUGAAGAAGGGAUUAAAAACGUGAUAGAAUUUCUAAAAGAUAAAAUCCCGGGGUUAAAAAUGAAAAUGGAUGUUAUAAUCCCCGAUGAGGAGAUUGUAGGCAGUGAUGAUGCUAACGAAGAGCUGGUUGGAGAAGGCCUUGAUGAAACUAAUUCUGCUGAUGAAGGAGAAGACGACAGUAUUGAAGAAAUUGCAGAUCAUGGAAAGCAUUUCAACACUAAACUUUUGUUCGGAGGGGUUCUACAUGACACAGAGGAUUCCUCUAUCGAAGAUGAGCUUGUCCGUGUUUCGGCAUAUAUAACGGAUACUGAAAGAGAUUCCUUUAUCUUGCAUGUUCCUGGGAGAAGUAAGAAAGGUAUUGAUACAAGAAAGAACACAGUAUCCAAGGAACAAGUCGCCGCUCAAAGAAUUUCAGAUCUGAUGCCACCAGAGGUUGCUGAGGCUUUCUGGGGUCUCGAGAAAGCUCCUUUGAAGGUAUCAAGAAAUGUGCGAGAGAUUGUCAAGCUUGCUAUAAAUCAGGCACAAAGAGGAAACCGGCUCUCUGAGUAUACAUCAUUUAAUAGAAUCAUAGCUCCUGAAAGCGACCUGGACCCUUUUGAGGGCCUGUAUGUCGGUGCGUUCGGACCUUAUGGCACAGAGGUAGUGCAACUUAAGCGUAAGUAUGGUCGGUGGGAUGAUGCAGAGGGAAGUAAGUCGUCAGAUACGGAGUUCUUUGAAUAUGUUGAGGCUGUGAAGUUGACAGGGGAUCCAAAUGUGCCGGCUGGCCAGGUGACAUUUCGUGCAAAGAUUGGGAAAGGGAGUCGCAUGAGAGAUCAUAGAAUGUACCCAGAGGAAAUGGGAGUGCUUUCGAGUUACGUAGGAGAAGGAAGGAUCGCAGACUUUGGGUUUAAAAACCCAAAAUGGGUCGGAGGGCAGCUUUUAAAACUCAAUGGAAAGGGAAUGGGACCAUAUGUGACGGGUGCGGAUCUUGGAUUUCUAUAUUUUGGUCCUGAGAAGAGUUUCUUGGUCAUUUUCAACCGUCUGAGACUACCUGAGUGA